AUGAACUCCGCAAUACUCAGUGUGCUGCUUAUAUCUCUCAGUGGACUCUGCUACAGUGCUGACUCUGUGGUAGAUGACACUGAGCUUCUACUGACCUUCCUUAUCCACAGACACGGCGACAGGACUCCAAUCGAAUCAUCUCUCGCCCUCUCCAACCAUGCCGACGAACUCAUUGAAGCCUCAGCUAAAUACGGAUAUGGACAGCUGACUGAUGUCGGCAAACGCCGUGCCUACCAGCUAGGUCAGUUCAUCAGACGACGCUAUGACGAGUUCCUGUCCCCGACCUUCAAUAGGUCAGAGAUCUACAUCCGCUCCACAGACUCCACCAGGGCUAAGAUGACGGUGCUGACUGCUCUGGCUGCCGUAUACCCUGCCCCUGCGGAUAACUGGAGCAAUAAAAUCAACUGGACACCGAUCCCCUACACCACCGUGCCUGCUAAAUACGACUUCAACCUCGCUACAGUGAAUUGCCCAGAAUUACUCACAAAUGUAUAUUCAGCUUACACUAUCACCGCCUCAUCUAUUCCCGCUUUGGCACCAUACCAAGAUGUUCUGGACCAGUGGUCUGAAAUAUUGGGCCUUAACCUCACACAGUACCCCAUAUACGCCUACACUUUGAACGAUGUCUAUACCGCCCAGAUGAGCUUGGGUAUUCCUCUGGACGAUGACAUCGCAGCAAUUUACCCUGAGAUCGAAACAAUUGCUGGCAUCGCCCUGGACGCCAUGUACAACUCAUACACUUCUAGAGCUUUAUCUGCUGGGCCACUUCUGAACCAGUUCUUCAGCGUAGCCGACCAGGUCAUUGCUGGAGAAGACGUGCAAAGAGUUCAGAUAUACUCCGCUCAUGACCUGAACGUGUUCGCUUUCGAAGGCGUCACCAGAGUUGCAGUAAAGCAAGGAGUUCCUAAAUAUGCUUCUGCUUAUGCCUUGGAGUUAAGAAAAGUUAAGGACACUGGAGACUACAUUGUCGUGCCAGUGUACCUGAAUACUCCCAGUGAGGACGUGAUCACAUACCUCGAGAUCGAGGAAUGCGGCCAGAGAUGUGCCUACGAGAGCUUCCGCAGUGUCACCUCCAUCUACAAUUUGGAGGAGAGCGUGUGGAGGACCGAGUGUGGCUUCUCUCCUGACAUGGAAAUUGACACCUCUUCAGUUGAUUAA